UAAAAUCAUCCUAAAAUGUUUUUGGUAAGAAUCAUUAGAAAAUCCGCGGUGGCGGUGAGCCCAGUUAAGCAGAAAUGUAAACUGUAUUCGCAUCAUGCACCAUCGAGGACUACGAUUCAUUCUACCAUUCCUUUGAGAUCCUUGAGAUUCUGCAGUGACAGUCCAUCCAAGUGUUGGAAUUGCGACUAUGUGUACAAGUCCGAGUUAUUCUGCUCAAAGUGUAAAGUAUUGCAGGAAUUGCCACAGAACUUGAAUUAUUUUGAUAUCAUGGGAAUCAAAAGGGAUUACAAUGUGGUGAAUGAGGAAAUUCAUACAAAGUAUAGAGAACUUCAAAAAAUGCUGCAUCCCGAUAAGUUUGGUAAUAAAUCUGAAAAAGAAAGGCAAAUCUCAGAGAAGUUGUCAUCUUUAAUAAAUAAGGCUUAUAACACGCUGAUGCAUCCAUUAAAAAGAGGAUUGUAUAUAUUAGAAUUAAAAGGUAUAUCAAUACCAGAAGGCACUACCAGCUUGAAUUCAGAAUUUCUCAUUGAGAUUAUGGAACGUAAUGAAGAGAUAGAAAACGCAAUAGAGAACAAAAAUAAAGUCUUGAAGCUAGCCAAAGAAUCUAAGGAACUGCUCAAUAAAAUGUCGAAGCAAGUGGCAGAGGCGUUCAGUAAAGAAGAUAUUGAAACAGCAACAAAGAUUUUAAUAAAAAUGAAAUAUUAUGAUACUAUAGAUAAUAGAUUAAAGAAACUAAAGCAUGAUCUAGGUAUAGUAGAAUAA